AUGGCCCCAGGUGCUCUUAUCGACGAGACCUCUCACAUUCCUCUACCACAAGCCAAAGAUGCUGAAGCGCCUCGUGCUAUCUUCCCUGAUGGCAUUCGUACAUCAGGUCAACAUCCUCCUCUCUAUAACGCUCUGAAAUCCUACUCUCAGUUCCCAACGGAGAUUACAGGGCCUACGUUAUGGAAGAAAGAAGACUAUGAGAAUAAGCCUGAAAAAUGGACUCAUCCUUUCACGGAUGAGGAGAUCCAGGAACUCAGUGAUACUGCUGAUGCUUUUAUUGCAAGUGGCACACCACUCACUGGCAUCUCAAAGUCCAACUUCCCUCUUCCAAACCUAGGAAAAGUCCUCCAAACCCUUAGAGAAGACCUCCUCAAUGGUAAAGGAUUCAUUCUCUUUAAGCGUUUCCCAGCAAACCAAUGGAGUCCCCUCAAGAACGCAGUAGCAUACAUGGGUCUCGGCACAUACAUCGGCUACUUCGUCUCACAAAACGGUCUAGGCCACGUCCUUGGCCACGUUAAAGACGUAGGCGACGACGCUACACAAAUUGAUAGAGUGCGCAUCUAUCGUACAACAGCACGACAAUUCUUCCACGCCGACGAUUCCGAUAUCGUCGGUCUUCUGUGCGUGCACCGCGCAAGAGAAGGUGGAGAGAGCGAUAUCGUCAGCAUCCACAAUGUCUGGAAUGAUCUCCAGAAGAAUAACCCUGAUGUAGCAGAGUUGCUUACACAGCCUAUCUGGUACUUUGAUCGCAAGGGAGAGACGUCAGUUGGUGAAGAGGAGUGGAUUCGCACAUCGAUAUUCUACCUUGAGAAUGGAGGUCAGGGGCGUGUUUACUGCAAGUGGGAUCCGUACUUUGUGCGAUCUCUUACAAGGUUCUCUGACAAGGGGAUCAUUCCUGCUUUGAGUGAGGAGCAGAAGCGUGCUAUUACUGUGUUGGAGGAGACGUGUCAGAAGUUGGCACUGCAUAUGAUUCUUGAGGUUGGGGAUAUUCAGUUUGUGAGCAACACCCAUUUGCUCCACGCUAGAACGGCAUACACAGAUCACAACCCUCCUACUCCCCGAAGACAUCUUCUUCGACUAUGGCUUUCUACACCAGAAACAGAAGGCGGAUGGGCUCUUCCUUUCCACGACAGCAAGGAGAAGAAGCGAGGUGGAAUCCAGGUUAACAAUAACGCACCCAGAUGUCCGCUGGAUGCGGAGUAA